GACAUGGGAAGCUAAGGAGGCAAGGCCAUCUUUUCGACCGAGUGGAACUCUAAACAAGGGGCCGCCAACCAUCUUAACAAGGUUUCGAGUGGCAAUGGCAAGGAUAUCAGAGCAAGAGACAACCCUAGGGCACGCAAGCUCAAGGGCAAUCUUGGCACGAGUUAUUAGGUCAAAGGCAUCACCAGGGAGGUUCUCGUUAAUGUCGGAGCCCAUCUCGACCUUGUUGAAGGCAUUGGGGGAGAUGAGGACGGAGGCGUCACAACCAUCAACCAUGCAAUCGUGGAAGAAGGUGCGAAGGAUGGCGGCCGCAGUGGUGGGGUUAGAGAUUUGCUUUGUGGUCACCGUCUCUUGCAUGAUCUGGUCAAAUCUCGGACAUGAUUGGGCAUAGUAAUCCUCUCUCAAGUGAGUCUUGCCAUGGGAAAUGGCAAAAAGAGAUAAGAGAACUAGGAAGAAGAAAGGGAAAGCCAUGUCCAAGACUUGCUUCCUCACUUUUCGGUGAGGAGAAGAAGAGAAAGAAAAUGAGAGAGAGAGGAGCCCAAUAUUGUUUGUUCCCUUAUUUCUCUUGUUUGGAUAUCAAGAAAGUAAAAAAGAAGAAUGAAGAGAAAAUCAAGGGUUGAAAAUCAAAGAAUGGUCAUGUGAGGGAGAGGGAUUAUAGGAAAAAAGGUGAUAUAUUUAGAAAGAGAUUUAUUGUGUGUUCAAAUUAUGAAUCAUGCAUGCAUGCAAUAAUAGUUUUACAUUGGCCUCUCUUU